AGUUUUCAUUUUCAUUAACGAACACAACUUAGAUUUUCAUUAGAUUUUUCUCAAUUUUCUGAGUUAUUGUACGGUAAUUAUCCAGUAUCAUAACUGGGAGCAUAAAGUUUAGGCGUGAAUGAUAUACCUGUCUGCUCCAUCUCGCAUAUGCAUUUAGUCCGUCGGUGAUUUCUGAAUUCUGAGUAAAACUACGAAGACGCCAUAGCUGGGAGCUUCAUAAGGAUAUACUGAAAACCCUAACAAUUAGAUGCUAUCAUAAUCUGUAACUUCCCAAAUGUCAUACGACCUCCCAACUGAUCUGAUCCGGCAAGUCCAGAUCCAGACGCGGAAGGAAUCCGGGCUACCGGAGUACGAUCCCAAUGACCGGACCCUCUCACCCUUGCCUUCUGUCUCCGCCACCGUCGACACACUCGACCCUUCGCCGCGGUACCUCCGCUGCAAGCACUGCCGAGGGCGGCUUCUUAGAGGGCUGCAGUCUGUGAUUUGCGUAUAUUGCGGCCAGAAACUGCACCGGAGCGAUGACGCUUCUGUGCCUGAUCCCAUUUCCUUCAACUCCACUGUUAGCUAUCGCUGGUUGCUGCAGUCACUUUUCCUUGAUGGAUCGGAAAAGGUUGGGACACCUAGUGAAAAGGGUGAAAAGACUGAGGCGAACAGAAGGCACAGUACACCAAAGGAUAACAUUUGCUUGUCUGAGCUCUUAGAUCUGAAAAUAAGAUUAUUCAGUGUGCAGCAGUCAGAGAUUAAUGAUGCAAGCAAGGAGACACAACAGGGCAAUAGUUCUUUGAAUUAUACUGGGAUUGACCUUGACAAUUUUUUUUGUAGACCAAAGUGUGAUAAUACUUCUUGUAAACAGCCUGCUACAUCAUACCCAGUUGAAAGUGAAAUAGCUAAAACUGUUGCUACUCCUGAUUAUAGUUUGUUUCAGAGUGUUCAGUCCUUCCAACCAGCUGUCACCACAUCUCAAAACAACAAAACUGAUGAUUUUUCCGGAUGGGAGGCAGAUUUUAGGUCUGCUGAUUCUGGAACUCAGAGUGUUUCUAAGACAUCUGGCCCUGUAUUUGGUUCUACAGUUGAUUCUGAAAGUCAAGUUGGGAAUUCCAAUUCAUCUAAUGCUUUUGUAAGUUCUGCAGUUGAUCUUUCUGCAGAAAUGGAUUCCAUCUUUGGAAGUAGCAAAGACUUGAGUGAAAGUAAAACGAGGGAUGAGUCAGCAGCAUUUGAUGAAGUGAGUAAUGGGAGUUUUGAUGACUUGGGGAAUAAUGCAACUACUGAAGCUUUCGAGCAAAAAGGGACAUUUGACCGAAAGGUUGAAGUGAAUGAUUCUCAACAACAAAAUAGUGUGAACACUCCAAUAAUUGAUGACUGGUUUCAAGAUAACCAGUGGCCAACCAAUGUUGUCAGUGCACCCAAUCCCAAUGCAACAAACAUAGAUGAAGAUUCCUUUGAUGACUGGAAUGAUUUUACCAGUUCAAGUACUGUCAAAGAUCCCCUGGGUAAGGCAAUCACACAAAAUGAUGUUUCUACAGACAUGGAUUCCAUCUUUGGAAGUGGCAAAGACUUGAAUGAAAGUAAAAAGGGGGAUGAGUCAGUAGCAUUUCAUGAAGUGAGUAAGUGGAAUAAUGCAAAUACUGAAGCUUUCGAGCAAAAAGGGUCAUUUGACCCAAUGGUUGGAGUGAAUGAUUCUCAACAACAAAAUAAUUUGAACGCUCCAAUAACUGUUGACUGGUUUCAAGAUAACCAGUGGCCAACCAAUGUUGCCAGUGCACCUAAUCCUGAUGCAACAAACAUAGAUGAAGAUUCCUUUGAUGACUGGAAUGAUUUUACCAGCUCAAGUACUGUCAAAGAUCCUCUGGGAAAGGGAAUCACACAAAAUGAUAAUCAGGCUGAUGUUCCUUUUGACAUUUUGGUAUCUGAUAAUGCCACUGCACCUAAUUAUGAUGCAAUGAAUGUGGGUGGGGGUAUUUUUGAUGAUUGGAAUGAUUUUACGGCUUCAACAGCCAUAAACGAUUCUCAGGCAAAGGCAGGGACACAAAAUGAUAAUCACGUUGUUGAUGCUUUGGAGAACACUUCAGAAUUAAACUUGUUUUGCCCUAGCAAGUUUGAUGAUAUGGAUUUUAGCAGCUUUUCACAUUCAAAUCUCUUUUCCAGUUCGCACCAUACGGAAAGCAUUUCUGAAGCAGGGGCUAAGACUAUUUGGCAAGGUCACCCGUUGGACAGCAUAGCAGAUGCUAAAAGCAAUCUCAGUGACGGUGCUGGAAAAGCUGUAGUGGACGAAGACACUUUCAAUACAUCUGUGAUGGGUGGAGUCACUUUCAAUACACCAAUCCAGUCAAACACUGAUAUAGAAAGUCUGUUCUCACGGAUGCAUGAUCUCUCUUUCAUGCUAGAGAGCAAUCUCUCUAUUCCCCCAAAAUCAGAUGUUCACAGAUCUCCACAGGAUUGAGUUCUUGAUUCUGUGAGUCUGAAUUUACUGCAAUAUGGAUUCUCAUUCAGUGUAUUCCAUCUAGCACUUAAACAGGGUUGUUUUGUUCUGUAGUUGUACCAUAGUGGCUCCAUUGGUUGCUUUAUUUUGUAUGCAGUCAUGGAGAAACUCACAUUUUACUUUUGUAUGGAGAGACAGGCAGAAAGGGGGAGAGAAAGAGAGAUCAAAUGAGUUGUUUCGAUGCGUUUUGGAAAUCUUUAUUGAUUCGAGGAUGUGGCAUUUUAAAUAUCUUUUUAGUUUU